AUGUCGUCCACCGCGGUGGCCCUUUCUCCCGGGCUUACGACCUUUCUCCGGAAUUUAAAGAUCACUUCGAUCGAGUCGUCAAUAGAAACCCUCAUAUCACUGCUCAAACGACGUCAGAUACGCCAGUCACACUCAUGUGCGGUGGCAACGGCAUAUCUUCUCAUGCGAGUCGUUUCGAUGUUUCGCGAUGCGGAGCCGGAGAAGCUUAUAGAGAGAGUGCAACAGGUCGGAAGGCUGAUAGUUGCGGCACAGCCAAGAGAGAUGGUAGUCGGAAAUAUUGUCCGUCGCGUGCUAGGUCUUAUCAGAGACGAAGCAGAGAAUGAACGCUUUCGAGGGCUGAGCGCACAACGGCAAAAGCAGCCUCCACCACCACCUAGCGAUACUGGAUCCGACAACACUCGACCACAUACUCCACAGAGUGCCGGAGACACUCACCCAGCACCUACACGCCUAGAGAUACCACUGCAUCAUGCACCACACCCACGGAGGCGGGGGGGCCAUCAUAACGAGUUAAAAACACUAUCGCCCUUUGACGCUUAUGGACGGGUUUCAUCCAGGCCACCAUUAAUGACCCAUCCAUCAUUCUCUGCAGUGAUGAGCACCCCAGUGAUAUCUAUGUUUAACUUGCUUUCUGAACCCCAGUCAGAGUCCCCCCAGCCUGCAUCUCCAAUUGCUUCAACCUCUCCUACAGACCAGCCAGGCAAUAGUCCAAAGGACUUUAAAGCAGAAGUUAUUGACGGCAUAACUGAAAUUGUGGACGAGCUGGGACAAGUGGACGACCAAAUCGCUGCCUAUGCACUAGAGCAUAUCCACUCGAACGAGAUAAUCCUUACUUACACAGCUUCGGUCACGGUCCAGAAGUUCCUGCUGAAAGCUGCUGCAAGGCGAAAGUUUACUGUUAUCCAUGUCGAAUCCUAUCCCAAUAGCCACAAGGAUAGUCAUGCAGCCGUAACCGGUACCUUGACAGGGGAUGAAGAAGGUCUAGCCACGGAUUCCUUCCAAAAACCCCUUAUCGCGCUAGGCAUCACAGUCAUCUUGAUCCCAGAUUCUGCAGUAUUUGCCCUGAUGUCGCGAGUGAAUAAAGUCAUAUUAGGAACACACUCUGUUCUCGCCAAUGGUGGCCUGGUCGCUGCAGCUGGAUCCCGAGUUGUAGCCAGUGCCGCAAAGGUUCACAAAACCCCCGUGGUUGUGGUUAGUGGCAUAUACAAGUUAAGCCCGGUUUACCCCUUUGACUACGAGGCCCUUAUCGAGUACGGAGAUGCCAGUGCUGUCGCAGAUUAUAAGUAUAGUGACGUGGUUGAAGGAGUUGAGGUGAUGAAUCCACUCUACGACUAUGUACCUGCUGAGCUGGUCGACCUUUACAUUACCAAUGUUGGUGCCCAUGCUCCGUCAUACUUGUACCGUAUUGUGUCGGACCACUACCGUACGGAAGAUAUCACCUUCUAA